AUGCUCUGGCACCCCCUCACCCUCGCCGCCGCCGGCAUCGCCGCCGCCGCCCCAACCAUGCUCCGCUUCGGCUGCUCCCAAAUCAUCCCCCAAAGCAUGCUCGGAAUCGUAUGGGACACGACGCAAUUCAACAACAAGGCCGCCGACUGGCCCGCCGCCGACGGCUCGCAGCAGCCGUUUGUCUUGUCCACCGGAGACCCGACCGGGUAUGGACAGCAUGGCGAUUACGUGUUUGGGUGGAAGGGCGAUAGUCUGCAGAAGCUGAUGGAUGAUAAUAAGAAUUGUAUUGGGAGUGCGUGUGGCGGGCUGAAGGCGCAGGAUGCGGGGAAGGCGAAUGCGUGUAGGGUUAGUGGGAAGGGGUGGCUGGAGAAGUUGCCGGGGAUGGAGAUGCCGAUGUAG